UCUAUAACAACAUGCAAUUCAGAUUCACAGUAUGAACUUAACAGCGUUAAAGUAAACUCAUAAAAUAAUCAAAAUUGAGAUAAAAUGGCUGGACCAUAUUUAUCACCCCUGCCGGGUGAUUUGCUCACUGAAUACAUGUUUGGUCGAAGACGACAAAGAAGAAAUCGCACCACGUUUAGUCCGCAACAGUUGCAAGAACUCGAAGCACUUUUUCAAAAGACGCAUUAUCCCGAUGUUUUCCUUAGGGAGGAGGUCGCGCUGAGGAUCAGUUUGUCGGAAGCACGUGUCCAGGUUUGGUUUCAAAAUAGGAGAGCAAAAUGGCGAAAACAAGCUCGCUUGCAACUCCUUCAAGACGCUUGGCGAAUGCGGUGCCUAGGCAUUACUCCUUCUCCCCUAAUCCUUACAGGCCGACCGAACGCUCCUCCAUUGCCGGGAGAGCACCAACCACCUGAAAAGCUGCCAGAAGGCUACCCAAUCAUGACUCCCACUUUACCACCCCCAUGUCCGUGCUCGCCUGGGACGGAAAGUGCAAGCCCUUCAAGCCUACGAAGCUCAAGCCCUAGCCCUUUGUCACCGGGAGGACCCGACGACCUUUCCAUGUGCAAAAAUCCACCUCGUAUCGAACAUCCCGACACAAAUACCGGACAAUUGCUGAACAAUUAGUUUGGGAAAAAUUACAAUAUUGUUUAAUGUGUUUAAAAGAAAAAGAGUUGAUUUAGGUACUAGAACAUGUUUUGGAAAUUCGUGUUAAUUUUUUGUGCAAUUGUAGUGGUUAUAGUACAUGUAGAUUAGUUCUAUCACAAACAUGACCAAUUGAACUAAC